AACUGUUUAAGUCUUUUACGUCUAAAAUAUGUGUGUCCUCUUUUUUAUUUUCAAUUAUAUACAUAUAACUUGUUAAUAUUUUUUUAUUUUUCAAACACAGUACUGUCUGUGAUUCUAAAUGCUUGCCUUUACUAUGCGCUAAUUUUGUCGUCUCCAUCUUAAUCACAAAUAUUUUAAUCAGUCAAGGUGUUUUAAUCAGAUGAGAUAUAUAUUUAUAAUACUUCGAAACUAAUAAUGGAGAUGCCAAUUCAGUUUUCAAUAAAAUUCUGUUCCAAUGUUAACUUUUAAACGUAGCUCAUCAAUGCUGCACAUUGUCUACAAUUAAUUUGACAGAGCUCAGAUAGCAAAUUGUCCUUGACGUUAUUAUGAUGUUGCAUUACAAUAUUGUUAGCAAAAAUGGAGUGUAGCGCUACAUACAUAUAACACAAAAUAGUGCGGACACCACACAAGUAAUAUAUAUAAAUGUAGCAUAUUAACACUAAGUUUAGAGUCUUAAUCACUUCUGCAUAGCGUGUUAUAAUCGCAAACGUUUGUCUUGUAUUUCAAAAAAUGACAAUUCUACGAUUUUCGAUUUUCGUGCGGACAUAUCUGAAUCGGCUCAUCGGAAAAUAUGCCGUCAGUGCAUCGCCAAAAAUUUGCCUCGAAAAUUUGAUAAAACGUCGAAACUACGCGACCGCGAUCGAGUUAAAAGUGGAUUCUCAGAAUGUAGUGAGCAGUGGAUUGCCCGAUAUAAGUGGUUUCGAAAAUGUUUAUUUACACGACUUCAUUUGGGAGAAGAUGGAGAGAUGGUCGAAUCAUACUGCUCUGAUUUGUUUUGAUACUGGUAGAUCAUAUACAUAUAGUCAAAUGAGAAAGGCAUGCGGCAGACUGGCAACGAAUUUGAGAAAAAGCAAACUUCUACAAGGAGAUACCAUCGCCGUUCUUUUGCCAAAUAUUCCAGAAUUUGCCAUCAUACUACUAGCGGCAAACGAAGCCGGUUUACGCACAACGCUAAUUAAUCCUGCAUAUACAAUAUUCGAGAUAAAAAAGCAAAUAGAAAAUGCGGAUGCUCAGGCGAUUUUCACAUUUCCGGCCAAAUAUGCUGAUGUCAACACAAGUAUAGAGAACAAUUCCAAGAUAAAAUUACCUAUCGUUAUCGUAAACGAUGGCAGUGAUACUGCCUCAAUCGCGAAAACCAUCAAAUUCGACGAUCUCAUACGCGAUGACAUCGAAGAAUUUUCAGUCGGGCACAAAAUCAACGUCAAUUAUGAAGAUACGGUACUCAUGCCUUAUUCCAGCGGUACAACUGGUAUGCCCAAAAAUAUUGAGACGAGCCAUAGAAAUAUUGUGGCAAAUAUUCUUCAAGCUUCGUUUCCGAGAAUCUUCACCGGAAUGGAAGCAACUGAACAUCAUCAGGAUAUUGUACCACUAAUAUUACCAAUGUAUCACGCUUACGGAUUAGUAGGCAUUAUGUAUCGCUAUUUGCGGAUAGGUGCUAAACUUGUAUGCAUGCCGCAAUUUUCCAUGAAUAAAUUCAUAAAAUUGUUAGAAGAUUAUCGAUGCACGGCAUUAUAUCUAGUACCACCGAUUGUACAAAUGAUGGCACACGAUGAACGGAUAACGUUGCGUCACGUUGCGUCUGUAAAGAUAAUAUUAUCAGGAGCUGCGCCCCUCGGAGAAGAAUCUAUCGCCAAGUUUCGAAGUCGUGUUAGUGAUUAUACAAUUUUCGUCCAAGGAUACGGCGCGUCAGAAUUAUCGGCGGUUGCUGCAAUAAGUGCAAGCGCACCACCGGCAUCAUGCGGUUAUUUGGUUCCAAACACACAGAUGAGAAUUGUAGGCACGCGACAGGAUAAUCUCGGCAGAAAUUUAAUUCCGCACGAAGUGGGAGAGAUAUACAUACGAGGUCCGCAAGUAAUGAAAGGAUAUUAUAAAAAUCCCCAGGCUACGGCGGAUACUAUGGAUGGAGAUUGGUAUAAGACUGGUGAUCUAGGAUAUUACACCGAACAUGGUCUGUACGUGCAAGGACGAUUAAAGGAGAUAAUAAAGGUAAAAGGAUUUCAAGUUGCGCCCACCGAACUAGAAGAAGUAAUUCGCGGUCAUGACAAAAUACAAGAUGUCGCUGUCCUUGGUGUCGCACACGAUAAGUACGGCGAAAUUCCAAAAGCCUUUGUGGUUCCUAAGAAGGGAGUAAGAAUUAGCGAAAACGAACUCAAAGAAUAUGUAGCUAGACAUGUAGCCAAAUUUAAGCAAUUGGGAUAUGUACAAAUCGUAGAAAGUAUACCAAAAACUGCAUCUGGAAAGAUUCUUCGAAGAGAGCUUAAAAAGUUGUAACACACUCUUUAAAUAUCAAGUUUCAAACUAAAAGCAAGGAAUUUAUCGACAAACGCUUAAUAAACAUCGAUUCAUAUGUCUAUUUACAUUAAGACUAACACUAACAAAAAUUAUUUAUUAUAACAAAAACUGGCCAAAUAAAAGAUUCAGUCAUUUAUUUACAUACUAA